GUCUUCACCUUUAAAUGUCCGACGACGAUAGGGAAUUUGCCAACAGUGGCUUAGAUUAUGGGAUAGAGGAAGAAAAUUUCGAGACACUUCUUCCGGAUAAAGAGAAAGAAGAACACGUUGAAUUUUUUCCAGAAAUUGAUCCUUUCAGAAAUAAUCUUCAAGUAAUUGAAAGAUCAACUACUCCUUAUUUAACAAAAUACGAAAGAGCCAGAGUGCUAGGGACAAGAGCACUACAAAUUAGCAUGAAUGCACCAGUUAUGGUGGAGCUUGAGGGUGAAACCGAUCCUCUUAAAAUCGCUUUGAAGGAGUUGCAAGCAAACAAAAUACCCAUAAUUGUUCGACGCUAUUUACCUGAUGGGCAAUAUGAAGAUUGGCCCGUCAAGGAGUUAAUAAUUGAAUACUAACCAUUUGUUAUCUUCUUUAGCUGUGAAUAAGUGGUUGCCAGUCCUUAUAA